AAUUAGAACACAGGCGGCACUUGCUACACUGUCGCAGUGGAAACCAUGUAAACACUGUAUAAAGCUAAACUCAAAUUCGGCGGCAAAGAAUACGUUAUAACUUCAAAACAACGGUCAUUUUUACACCAAACGUUUGCGUAGAUAACCAAAGGAUAAUGCGGAACUAGCACAUUUUAUUCUGGAUUUAAACAAGUGUUUUCUGGCCGCUAUUUGGUGAAAAUUGUUGGAUAACUCUUUGACCAUUUGGCGAACUUCCAAUUCUAUCGCAGGCCUCAAGAUUAUGUAAGUUUGCAUGAUAAAAUAUGUCAAAAAUAACCAACGAAGGUAAGCUGAAAGUCGUAGAGGAUGGACAAGAUAAGGAUUUUAACCAAUGGAGGCAACCUAAGCCGCCGGUGUCGCCAAAAUCGCCCGAAGAAUUGAAGUCAAAUACGUCCGAACAUUCUGUGCAGAAUAAGAGUUUGUGCGGCGUGAAAGAUUUGUCGAGGCUUAGUCGCAAACGAAGGACUCUACUUUCAGCAAGAGGGUCUCGAAUUUGCUCGAGAAAACGCAAUGAGGAUAAGCCGUUUGGAUCUGGUAACGACACUAAACAACGGACAAUUAAAAAAGGUAGAUUCGGCCUUUUGGUGUACUAUAAUUUUGUAUUAAGCUAGUUUAUUAUUUUGCAUACAUGUGUAGUAGUUUAUACAUUACAGUGUAUCUAGCCUGCAGUGUAUCAGUUUAUAUUCUCACGAUUUCUGAGCCAUCAUAAGGAGAAUAUAAUAUCAUGACACAACACUGUAUUGGCAACAUGUUCGGCUAGCUAAUAUGUAGACAGAAUAGUGUUUAUAGGAAUAUACGACAUUGUAUGUGGAUAUAUUGUACGUUUGUAACAUACUAUCAGGUAGUUAAUAGCUAGCAAGUACAUCGUGUUUACUAGCUUGUGGCCGCUUAAUUCAAGCUUCAAAUUCAUAUUUAAUAUGCGCACAAAGUAUUGGGCUAUUCUACACCAAAAAUGGUUUAAAAUCUGCUCAAUUUUAUCGACAUUUUGGCGUAGUGUGCCGGGUUUGUUUGGGGAAUCAAACAAGGCGCGUCCCCGCUCCAAUGCUUAUUAUAAUGACGCAAUGUUAAAAUGUUAUAAAAUAUUGGCCUCUGAAACGCGAAAGGCUCUUUGAAUUAAAGCACUUAAAACAAUCGAAUAUUAUAAAGUAUGUAGUGUAUCAUAUUUUGAAGCCAAAAUCUAACUAACCUCUGAGUGGGUUAAGGUAAACUUAUAAGGCAAUGUGAUAAUUCUGCUCACUGAUGUGUUCUUUCGAGCAAAAAUAAAACCGCAAACGCUGAUUCAUGACCUGUUAUAAAAUAUUUAAAUGUUAUAGUAAUGGGUGAUUAAUCUUGCUUUGUAGUCCACUUGUGAAAAUAGCUUUGAAUAUUGGCCCGUGUCGCCUUUGCUAUGUUUUGACGGAAAUAUUCUGUGCAAAACCUGCGUUUAAGAUGCUUAUCUUUUAUUAUUAAUUGCGACACUACAGUACAGGGAACGAAAAUGCCUCUAGUGAGAUUCAAAGUUUUGAUCUGGCAUUUUCGCCUUUCGGGCUUAUAAGUCGCCAAUGGGGAUUUAAAGCGAGUAAAUAUUUUCGUGACAAUUCACACGCGCUUGUCUUGGAGGACGUCUAUUACAUCUUCAGAGAUAUAAGAACAAUUUUUGGAGCUUUUGCAUUGUAAUUAAAUUCAAACAACUAAAACCUUGAGCCAGGAGAUUCCAUGUUCGUUCGAAAAGCUAGUAAUUUCGGGUUUCUCAACUGGAACUCUCCACCUAUUGGCCCCAUCGAGCUAUAUCAAGCUGAAACGUUGAGGUUCUCUGAGCUUUAUUUUACAAGACCUUUUGCUGUAUCAUAUACGACACUCGACAGAAUUUGACAUGCAAGCAUGCAAGCUUCUCUAUUUAUUGUAAAAUCCAUCGCAGACGAGUUGUUUUCAACACUAACAGUUAUUUGUUUUACAGUUAUUUGUUCGUGGAUUUUGCUAUCUUUACUGACAAGGAGACUUGUCAAGGUCGAGGAAAUCUUGUUAAAGAAAAAUUGUUCGUAUAUGUACAGACUACAGGGUUGUACGCAUCUACUUUUAUGUACAAAAACCCGCACUUAUCUCUGGCUUAUCUCCUCUCUAUUGUACGCGUGACAGGUGAACAUAUACGAAUCGUACGCAGCUGAAACGUAUCAAGAUUCAAGGCCUUUUUUAUGUAUAUUUUUUCAUUCCGAAAGUUGCAAAUUCAAAGAGCAGUCAAACGAGGGUGAGCGUUAACGAGUCCCAAAUUGUCGUAACGGUCGUAUAUCAUAUAUCAUAUCGAGGUCGUAUAUAUAUAUACUAAAGAUUGAGUCACGAUAUUUCUCAUCAGCCGAAAUACAAGAUUUUAGAACUGAAAGUACGCGAAUUUAUUAUAACUAGAGAAUGGCUAUGAGUUUAAUAUAUGUGGUUUACAUGUAUAGACUAAAACUAUUAGUAUUAUAAACUGGCCGUACGUUGUCGUUGAGAAAGAUCGUGACUCUAUUUAAUAAUAGUUUACGACCAUAUCAUAUAUGUGAUACCCGGCUUUAUAGCAGUCACGCAUUGUUACGGAGCAUGCACAAUUCAAGUUCUACGCCCGUAUUCUAAAAGCACACUCAAUGACCACAGGUUCAAUCUGCAUGAGCUUCUCUUGAGUGUCAAUGCUGUUUUUGAAUAGCUGGAGGGUGAGUAGUCACCGAGUAAGGUAUGAUACUAGCCCCAGCUAUUCAAAAACAGCAUUAACACUCAAGAGAAGCUCAGAUUGAACUCCACUCAUUGAGUGUGAGUGAGCUUUUAGAAUACGGGCGCUAGAUUAGCAAAAUAGAGGUUUGAUGAGCUGAAGUGUUUCAAAGCAUCCUUGUUUGAUGAUUUGAUCCAGGGCCCAGGCUUUAAAAAUGCGUUUAAACUGAAGCAGAUUUAAUAGAAAAAUGAGCCCCAAAGGCAAAGGCGGGACACUCGCUUUGUACGAAUUUAAGCCCCAUAAAGAUAGCCAUUUUCGCUUGACAAGUUUUAUUAAUUUGCUUGUGUGUAUAAGAAAGGAAUUGACAGGUUUUUUUCUGUUUGACAAGCUGGCUGUUGAGUAUUGAGCUGAGCAUUGAACAAGGAAUCGAAAAUCUAUUUGAGUUGUUCACGUGCACGAAAUUAUAAAAUACGAAUUGACAAGAAAAACAUGCUUGUGUGUCAGUGUGUAUUGGACUUCAAACAAAGACAUUUUGUCAAGGAUUGGAAAAUUUGUAACAGUUUUUUUGUCGUACACACAUUGACACAAGCAUAAGUUAAAGAAAAGUUGUUGAAACUUGCUUGUCUGUUCUUCGGCGCUGUCCGCUGAAAACGUUUAAACGGCCCGUUUUUAUUUUCAAAGCCAGUUGCAAGAAUAAUUAUAGCUACAAUUUAAGUAAAACUCGGAAACAAUUGCUUUGUAGGAAUUUUAUUUAAAUACAAUAGACAGCAUAAAUAAUCGUUCAAAAGUACCUAAAAUAGUCAAAAUAUGCAAGUCAUUCACGCUAUAUAUUUCGUGUCACAUUUUAUUCCGCCGACGUUUUCACCUUAGCAUACUCACGAGGAAACAAAGAAAGUUAGAUGAAAAUGAAAAAUAGAAUAAAACGCUGGCAAUACUCGCCGUUUUUCUGUGUAUGCUUCUCUGACUCUACACAUUAACAUGGCCUAUUGGCCUAGUAUCAGAAACUGUACUUGCAAGUUGGUCUUGUAACGUCUUAUUUAUUCGGCUAAAUUUCGAUCAUAAUUUUAUACAUGUAAAAAUUAAUGAAUCAUGAUGGAAAGUCUAAACAAAAGAUACAUUGGUCAUUGUGUCAAGUUUUGUGUAGAAAUAUGUUGGCCCUUCUCUCCGGAUGUUUUGUCCAAGUAUGUGGGUUGUUUCCGUCUUAGCAUAAAGUGACUAUAGUUGUUGCUGGGUGCGUCUUUAAGCCCCUGUCAGCUGGUUCUGUUGCGCAUUAAGCCACAAUGUCAAUGCGCUCUGCGAUAGAUAAAUAGAUAACACUUCCUACGUACCAAUCUCAGUCCGGUUACAAAACACUGGAAUUUGCAGGGCAAUUAAAGUGGUAUUUUAAAAAAAGCUAUUGGACGUCAAGUCCGCCAUCUUGGCGAGUCCAACCAUUUUGGCGAUUGAUAAUGAUAAAGAAUUUUCUCGAAAAAAAUUAGAGAGUUGAUGAUUGGGCCUGUCUUCUUCAUGUGAGCAAAGUGCCAAGGAUACUUUCGAUCUGGCUGGGUUGUACUUUGGCGAAGUAAUUGUGGUAUUUAAAUUUCGAAAGCAAUGAAAAGACAUUCUCGAACUCGUCAAUAGUUCAUGAGCAAAACAGAAAGGAAGCCAGCACCGUAUCAUUGUCCUGAUAAUAAACGCCCAUGGCCAUAACUUGAUGAAAUCAACUUUCUCUUUGAAUUUAAUUAAGAAGUUUUCCGUUUAAGAAGUAAAAUAAUACUCGAAAGCUAUGUAUUACCAGUUUAUAAAACCACGGUUAAUAGAUAAAACACCUCAAAGUUUGUCUGAAAGAAAACUAUACGCCUCGUUUUUCAGUACGCUUUUCGGUAUCUUGUACACCAGUAAUAAACGCUUUCUCGUUUAUUAUAUAUUGCGUGAAACAUUUUGAUCACUAUAGGAAACCCUAGCUAGGAAACUCUCUGGAAACCAUUCAGGGUAUCUAAUUACUGGAUCUUUACUGAAUGGCACUAUUAUUAUGCAAAGGCAUAUAUGCGAUUUAGAUCGAUCCGAAAUCGAUUCAGGGCCGUGUCGGGACUCGGGACGGACAAAUGUGGACAACCAAAAACGAUCUCAAGGCCCAUUUCCACUCAAGAACAAUUUCCACGAACAGAAAAUUCUCCGAAAAUAUCAUUGUUAAAAGUUGAACAUUUUUAACUUCAAAAUUUUUUCCGACCGACAAUUUGUGCCGGUCAAUCACAUUUUACAAAAUUUUCUUUCUGCGGAAAUUUUUCCUAAGUGGAAAUGGGCCUUUAGACUGGUUCGAGAUCGAUCUAAACUGCACCACCGAAUAUUUUAACUCCUGUAGUUGCAAAGUCCUUAACCUUUAAUAAAACACAUUUACAUUUUCACUCAGAAUUUAUUUUGUUCCAUCUAGAGCCACUGCCAAUGAAGCAACGCUCGCUGCCCCAGUCAUUCUGGCUGCAACCAAACUCAAUCAAGUCAAGCUCGAUGGCACAAAACACGUACUCCCGCCUACCACCCCUUUUCCCCGAGGACCAUAACCCUGACAAAGAGUUGACGGAGCGACCCGUGACCCCGCCCGAGGAAAGACGAGAACACAAGCCUAGGCCGCCGAAGCGAGUCGUGACCUCGGCGCCCGACACUGAACUACUGUUUAGUCUUUUUGAGACGGUCACUGAAAAUCCGUUGGAGAAGAAAUUGAUCAAGAGAGGGAGGUGGGUAAUAGUGGAAGGCAAUGGCAUACCCAGGAGAGGGGGGGGGGGAUAGACGACAGGGGCAGUUUUCAAGAUCAUUCAAAAUUUAAGCCGCUUACAGUUUUCUAUGACAGACGGGAAAUUGACAGCCCCAAAGGGUAUUGGGCUGUCAAUUUCCCGCGCGUAAUGCAAAAUGACAGAAAAACGGCAAACUUCGCAAGGCUAUAUUAUCCGCAUUUUACAACAUUUCGCAAUGAAACUUUGGAAUAUUACUAAUUUUGUGAUGCUCUUUCAAGCUGUGAUGAAAUUUUUGUGUAGACUUGUUUAGAUCAAAAUUUAGUCUAUAAUGCAAAUGUCCAUUAAGUAAAAUUCGUCAAUUUGGUCUUAGUCCUAAAUUUAUAAAGUAACCUUACCCGAACUGCCAGUACAUGUAUUUCCGUCCAUAUUGAAAUAUCUUCAUUGUUUAUCCAAAAGGCUCAAAGUUAUACAAAAACAUCAAUGUAAAUAUGUAGAACCUAGGGCCAAAAAUGGUUCCAAGAAGGCCACAUUUGCGAAUUGUGCUAGGCCGUCCACUUCCAGUCUCUCUCCAGCGCACCUGUAGGCUAUGUAGCAUCGCAGAAGCAAAAGGCAGAAACUGGGCUAGCUUAGAACUAAGUUUGCUAUAAGAGAGGUUCAGAUUCGACUUCCACUACCAUUAAGGGACCAUUAACCAAUCAGAUGCGUUUGAUAUAUGCGAUUAACCAAUCAGAUGCGUUCUAAGCCACUGCGAGGUUUGGUAGCGACAGUGGAAGUCAAAUCUGAACUUAGACCACCCAGAGGUAUGGCCUAUUCAAAAAAAUUAUUCCGAAAGUCGUAGGUUCGAUUCCGACCGUGGUCAGGCAUAUUUUUCAAGCUUGCCCGGUGUGGAUAUACACUCAGAGUAACAUCACAAACAUCACUCUAUCCAGUUCUAAUGUUCAGAGCAGUGGCUAAUACAUACUAAAACAUUGAAAUAAUUCUCAAUUCCUUAGGCCUAAAAGAGUGCACUCGGAGAAGCUCAAACUACCGAACCACGAAGAUGAUCCAUGCAUGGUUGAAAACCUGGCAGGCAGAUUAUUUCCCCAGUUAUCGCUCGAGAACCAUCGUUCUCCUAACGUCAGACUGACUUCGUUAACUAUAUUUGCAGGUAGCAAUUUUGUAGAACUACCCACGUUGGCAGUGGACAAUAACUACCCUCAGAUGUUGAGUCAAUUAGCGCAGGUCCUGUGAGUAGUACGUGAAAUAGUAGGAUUUAGCCAGUGAGCUCUACAUAUACUGGAGCGAGAGAACUUCAGUCAUUUGGCCUAUGAGAAAAGUGAAGACAAAGGCGGAAAUUCAUGUCCAAAAUCUAUAAAGGUUGUAAACAGUUUUCCGACACCAUUUUCUUGAACUGCCUGUGCCAGUGCAGGUAGUGCCAAUCUAUUUUGUUUUUCUAACGCAUCAUAUCGCUAAUCAAGUUUUCUGCAGUUCAUAAAACCAUAAUAUUAUUCCUUAAGUCGAAGUCAAAACACGAAAGUUCGGCACACUCCUUAAUGCAGUUUAGUGUCAACCGUGCAGACAAAAAUAACAGGAAGGGACUGGCACUAGACGUCACUGAAUUUCCGCCAGUAGCUCACUGGAUUUAGAUUAAUGCUAUAUUGCUGUGCUAAAAUAUUACGCUAGAGUCAAUAGCUCGAUCUUUGACAGAAAAAUUGAGCUGAAAAACGAUGAAGACGAACAACGUACGCGAGGGUGUAUCAUACUAAAAAUCUCGUGCACCCCUAUAACAGCCCUGAAAAUUCCUAAAAAUCUCUUCUUAUCCCUACAAAUCUCAAAAAAUCCUGAAAAUUUAUAUCGAAGAAUUCCAAAGCUAUAUCGUUAUAUCACGAGCGUUAAGGCCUGAUUCCACGGGCGUUUUCUUCGGCGGAAUGCGGAAAAUUCGCGCGAAAUGAAUUAGGUGAAUGCACAGUAAAAUUAGGCUUUGCGCCAAAAAAUUUCGCUUCACCAGUGAGUUGAAGUCAGUUCUACUCACUGCGAAAGCGGAAAAAGUGGGAAAAUUCAAUAGAAUCGCUCAUGUGCAACCAUCCGUAUUUCGCAGACACAAUUUCUCGCGAAGAAUUUCACCGUCGUGUGAUUCAGGCCUUAAGGGUUAGAGCGUUAGAUCAAAGAGAAACAUUCCUGCCUGUAGCGUAAAGGUAUUACAAAAAACAUUGAAAAAACGCUGGAAAAAUUCCAAGAGAUUUCCGAAAUUCCAAAAAUCUCGUGCACUUUUUUUGAGUGAUACACCUUCAAUGUUCCACAGAGAUUCGUCGUCACCAAUGAUCAGUUAGACCAGUUAUCCAACGAGCUGUCUUUUCUUUCAUACCAUCAAGUUGUCCAGACGAACCAUCGGUCCGUCAACAGCAUAAAUCGCGUCAUUAUACCACUAGACCCAUUGUGUGUGCAUUAUUCAGAGUAACCUAGUUACAGUCUUCACUGUAAAAAUACUGUACGUACAUAGUAUAUAUGUAAAAUAGAAAUCUUAAUAUAUUAUUAUUAAGCUUAUUGUUUCAAAGAAAACAAAUUAAAAUAUAAAACGAUCAAGUCUAUUUUUUGCCCUUUGUAUGCUUAUUGCAGAAC